AGGAGCCUUAAAAAAGCUUAAACCUUUUAAUCUCUGUCACUGUCAGAAAUAGAAAAAAAUUGAAGAGCUUUUAUAGAUGCAUUGAUGGCGAUUCGGCCGAGAACACGUAAAAGAGUUGAAGCUGUUCGUCGUGCUGCUGAUGGAAGCGCUUUUGAGAAAUGUGAGGAAUGUGGUGUUAUGAUCGCGAUUGCUCUGUUUGAUAUGCACGAGUGCGGCGGAGAGAAACGAAGGGAAGUGAAGAGGUUCAAGUGCGUUUCGAGUGUCAAGAUCGAUGAUGAUAUAUCGAAACCAAGCUUCGAAGAUGAACCUAGAUCACCAUUUGUCUUCUUCUUAGAGGAUUUUAGGAAAAGCUACGAUGGGAACAUGGUGGAAGCUAGCAGAAUAUGUUUCACGGUGUGGAAGAACAUGUCAGGAGAGGAUCAAAGACCCUUCAUAGCUCGUGCUGUAAAAGUUGAUUUGGCCCACAACAGGAAAUUAAAAGAAGAAGUUCAAAGUGUAAUGCAUAAGAUAGAUGAUGAGGCGGAUUCAAAAGCUGUUGGGAAAUUUGAUAAGGAUCAUGAAGAGGAGGAGGAGGAAUAUGGUUCAUCUGAUCAUUUCGAACAAGAGUUUUGGGAGGACGAUACUCUGCUGAAGUACUGAGACACCGAUUCUAGAAGAUAGAGAGGGUUUUGGCUGUUGUUCUGUACAUAUUUUGGGUUGGGGGAAUUAAGUAAAUACAGGCAAAAGAGAGGCUGGUCUUAUUUACUUCCUCUGUAACGUUAGAGGUGUCUCUCGUUUUUUUUUAGUUAGCCGCCUUUUUUUGGUGCAGUAAACUAGUUUGCGAACCAUUAAAAAAAAGUUGAGAUCAAAUGUUCUAAUUGCUAUAACUACAAGUUAGAAUCUGAAUCCUCCAAAAAGGGCCAAGUUUGGCUACAUGUAUAUUUCACUUUGUACAAUGUUUUAUGUAAAGAAGAAUCCAAAAACCAGAGUUCUUUUUAGCUAAA